AUGUACAGAGGAGUAUGUUCAAAGACAAAGGAAGGCGAAAAACUCAAACUUCUCCAUGACGGCUCCAUGUUGUUCAACAGCUCGAGAAAUGGAAAAUCUACAUGUUCAUCGUUCUAUUCUGGCCUAUGGCAUUUGUUUGAUUACAGCAGGCAUGAAAGCGUAGCCGUAGAAACAUUGUUUAGCUUCAAGCUUCAAGUUUCUUCAAGUCACAAGUUUUCGAAAAGAGAGAUAACGGAAAAUGAAUUUUCCAUUGGCUGCUGCGAGAUAAUAGACCCGACUGCCAAAGUCGACCCCUCUAUCAGGCUAAAGAAUCGAUCCAAACAAACUUCUCCAUCUACGCAGGUCUCGCCUCGAAAUCUAUAUAACAUCCUGCUGUCUUUGCGGCAGUAUCACGAGCAUGUCGGAAUUACAAUUGUAAAGUCCAUCAGAUUGGCGUUCGAGUUGGCAAAAGAACGAAUGUUAUCGAUUGACCCUUCAAACCUUGGCUAA